AUCAUCUCCCUGGUGGUUAUAAUGCAGCAUUCUUUUGGACACCACACCUAGGUCGGAGCACUGUCGUCCUUCAGGGCUCCAGCCUCUUGAUAUUUUUAUACCUCAAUAUCAGUUCGAUAGAGCAAAAGAGAGAGAGGAAGAGAGAGGGGGGAGAGGAGAGAAGAGAGAGUGAGCGAGGGAAGGCGGGGUGGGAAUCACACAAAAGAGAGAACCAAAAAUAAUUUUGAUUCCUAAGUUAAUUUGCUCGCUGAUCUGGGAUUUUUAGUCAUCAUGAAGGGUAAAUGGACAAUCUGCCCAGGACUGAAGCUUGAUACCAUUUUUCAAAGCCAGAACUUACUCCAUUUUCUAUGCAAAUGUCAGAAAAGCGAAACAACCUCUCUCUCAAGUCUGAGAGGGGGAAACGACGGCUCUCAGGUUGGGACAAUAUUAUCUGGAAGCUGAAGAAGAAACCGAACGCUCCUUUUUCCCUCCCUCCCCACCCAUUUGAAUCCGGAGAAGGGAAAAAACCCCAAGUUCUGCAAAGGCGCGGCGCUCGGACUAUAAAACACAACAAAUCAUAAACCCGGCGGAGCAGCAGCGGUCGCGCGCGCCUCCCCUCCCGAUGAGUUCCUAUUUCGUGAACUCCACCUUCCCCGUCACUCUGGCCAGCGGGCAGGAGUCCUUCCUGGGCCAGCUGCCGCUCUACUCAUCCGGUUAUGCGGACCCGCUGCGGCACUACCCCGCGCCAUACGGGCCGGGACCGGGCCAGGACAAGGGCUUUGCGGCAUCCUCCUAUUACCCACCAGCCGGCGGCGGCUACGGCCGGGCGGCGCCCUGCGACUACGGGCCGGCGCCUGCCUUCUACCGGGAGAAGGACGCGGCCUGCGCCCUCUCCGGCGCUGACGAGCCGCCCCCGUUCCAUCCCGAGCCGCGGAAGUCCGACUGCGCACAGGACAAGAGCGUGUUCGGAGAGACCGAAGAGCAGAAGUGCUCCACGCCAGUCUACCCGUGGAUGCAACGCAUGAAUUCGUGCAACAGUUCUUCAUUUGGGCCCAGCGGUCGGCGAGGCCGCCAGACCUACACGCGCUACCAGACCCUGGAGCUGGAGAAGGAGUUCCACUACAACCGCUACCUGACCCGGCGGCGGCGCAUCGAGAUCGCGCACGCCCUGUGCCUGACCGAGCGGCAGAUCAAGAUCUGGUUUCAGAACCGGCGCAUGAAGUGGAAAAAGGAGAGCAAACUGCUCAGUGCGUCUCAGCUCAGUGCGGAGGAGGAGGAAGAAAAACCAGCCGAGUGAAGUGCUGAGAAGGGAGGGGGGACGCGAAGGGAGAGGCCUGGAGGGGAACCGAGGGCACCCGAAAGCCCCAGAAGGCUCUGCGGUCGGGGGAGUCUGGGGACUCGCUCUGCGGCGCAAGGCGGGCGGGGCCCAGCUCUCUCCUGGACGUCCCCCCCCCGCAGAGCUCUUCCUGGGCGCUUGGAGGCUGCCCACCCAGCACCCCAGCGCCUCCUCCCUCCCCGAAGAACCCACCUUGGCCUCAUCAGGCUCCCUGGUGAGAACUGAGAAUCGGACUCACUUGAUGUCUCCCGGAAGCAGAGCAGAAUGCUCGUGUCCUUGUCGAGUCUCAUUUCGUCCAUGUCCCCCCGUGCACGGUUCAAUGGUAGAUUCGCUGUCCCCUCAGCGGGGACCUGAAAGACUCCCUGACCCCAGACUUGUCUCUCCUACCCCCUCCCCAAAACCACUGGAAGGAGCACAUACUACCUAGAAGUAAGAAGAGGAGCCUCAGAAGAAAACAAAGUUCUAUUUUAUUAAUUUUCUAUGUGUUGUGUUUGUAGUCUUGUCUUAGCUCUGGACGUGAAAUACUUCGGUAAUAAUAUUAAUAUUAUUAAUAAUGAUUAUGAUGAUGAUGAUAAUAAUAAAGAUGUGAAAACUCGCAGCUCAAUCACA